UUUUUUUUGGAGGGGGGGAUACGGGGUGAACUAAACCCCGCGGGGGGGGGAGAGAGAGGUCCAAAUACCCGGGUGAGAGCCGCCGGAGAGCCGGGGACCAGCCUGGUGGACGUCCAGCUGACGGGCUGAACAGACAGCAGCGGGACUCCUAAGACAGAGGACGCGGUGAAGGACACCUGGGAUAGCCUGUCAAGAAACCCACCCCUGCUGGAUCAUGGGUAACCACAAUGGCAAAGACAGCCAUGGACCUACAGACAUUUUCUCAACGAACGAAAGUUCUCCUUUAGAUUUCUUCCACACACCUCCUACCACUCCCUCACAGGCGGAGCUGACUGCCAUGGCCUUAUCCUCUGCAGCUCCCACCGACAAGGCACAGACUCCAUCACCAGCCGGCAGCAGCACCGCCCCCUCCACCACCACCGCUGCCGCCUCUCCGAUCGCAGAGUGGACGCGGAAGCCGGCGGCUCCCUCGGAAUGGGCCGUGAUCAGCGUGGACGCCGUCGCCUCCCCGGAGGCAAACGCCAGCAGCGACGGCGCGGCGGCGGCGGCGGCGAGGCACAGGGAGGCGCCGGUCAGCCCGAGCAGUCCGGUGUCGCCGUCGGAGCAGAGCUGGCAGGAGAGAGACAGCGGGCUGGAGCCUCAGGCUGCAGCAGAGAGAGCCGGAGAGGAGAUGACCUUGGUUUUACUCAGUCUGAUGGAGCAUUACAGGUCCUCACUCGGGCUGAGCCCCAGCACUGAUGUUACCACAGGAGCAGUAGAGCUGCUCCGGCGCUUGAUAACGGAGAGAGAGGAGCUGGUUGAGGAGGUGGACACACUCAGGGAGACACUCAGGACAGAGAGGCUGGAGUGGCAUCAGUUCCAGUGUGACCUGCAGGUCGCCGUGUCCGUGGCCGACCGGCUGCGGGCGGAGUCGGAGCAGGCUCUGGAUGAGCUCCAGGAGAGCCACAGGGCCGUGGAGGAGCAGCUGGCCCGGGCCCUCGACAAACAGCAGGAGACGCACCGGGAGCUGGAGAGUCUGAGAGUGGAGCACAAGGACGUCUGCCAGAAACUAAAUGAACUCACCGCACAGCAGCAGCAGGAACGAGCCGAGCUGGACGCGCUGAGGAACGUCUGCAGAGCGAGAGACGGACAAACGGAUAAACGGGCCGACUCUGAGGAGGAAAUACAGGAAGCUACAGAGGGAAGUGAAGCAAAGACUGAAGCUAAAGAUGAAGCAGAUCAAGAGGCGGAUGCUGAUCAUGAUCCAGAGGAGACAAACGGGUCGGAAAACAUGGAGCUGAAAGGGAAAGGGGUGGCGGAGACAUACCUCCGCACUCUGGCUGCUCUGGAGAAGAGGAAAGAUGGACGAGGACAGAGAGAUCCAAGGAGGAUAGUGAUGCUGUCUGAAAGAUCUUGGAGUCUCUCUCGUCUGCCACUUCCAACUGAGUCCUCUCCUCAGAACGGUGCUUCAAAGAAAACAAGCACAACGUUGCCUCUAUGCAAGAAAGAAGAGCCGACUAAAGGGAGGAGGAUCGACCGCAUUUUCCAGCGGCAGGACAGCUGGUCCAGUUUUUAUUCAGGGAAACAGGAUGAAGAUCAAAGCUCAGAUUCUGUCAAACCUCAGGAUGGUUUCAGUGCUCUGUUGAGGCGUCAUGGCGGCUCCAGAAGAAAUUCUCUCCUACGCUGGUGCCAGAGCCGAACACAAGGUUACAAGAAUAUUGAGAUCACCAACUUUAGUAGCAGCUGGGAGGAUGGUUUGGCCUUCUGUGCCGUUUAUCACACCUACUUGCCAACUCACAUCCCCUACGACAGCCUCAACCCAGAUGAAAAGAGAGACAAUCUGGAUCUUGCUUUUAAGACCGGAGAGAGUGUGGGGAUCACGGCCACGCUGACAGUGGAGGAGAUGCUGAAGGCCGACGGGCCGGACUGGCAGAGGGUGCUGGGAUACGUCGAAAGCAUUUUCCGUCACUUCGAGAUGUGAAGUCAUCCCCCAUGCCUGGUUAUUUUUUAUAGGAGAUGAACGACUGAACUAUUAAGACUUCGUGAUUUUAUGUUUCAAGACGAGAACACUGACACAGUUUUACUUUUCUACGUGUAAAUCGGUGACACUGGAAUUAAAAAAAAAAGCUGCUGGGAGAAAUAUGCACAGGACACACGAAUAAAACCACAUCUGUUCAGCGACUACUUUCACGUCACCGGGUGUUGAAUGCACUGGUUAUGCACAGUUUCCCUCUAAAAGGAAAAAGAAAAUGAAUACACUUUAUGAUAAAUGGGUGUGUAGCAUUUUUAGCGCGUGACAAUGUCUGAAUCUGGGGCACUUAAUCUUAACUACUUAUUUAUACCUGCCCUGUCCCAGUGAUAAAUAUUAUAACUGCAUGCAAAUCUUAAACACCACUAUACAAACAGGCCAGAUUUUAUAUGUUGCACUAUUGAUGUUUAAACCUUGAACCCUACAGAGGACCUACUGUCUGAAGAAAGCUGCCUUUGAGGACAUAUAUGUGUAUAUAUGUAAAUGUGUCUGUAAUCUCUAAGGUAUUUUUAAAAAACAUGGUUAACAUAUGAAGACAUGCUGCAAUAAUAAAGUUAUAUAUGCUGUAAA